AUGAAUUACCGUAAUAGUCACAGCCGGAGCGAGUCCGCGGAUGAGAAACGCAGAUCUGGCCACCUGCUUUGCUACGCCUUGGACCACAACACUGCCGGGGUCUUUAAAGACUCUCCUUUUCAGGAAAAUCCCCACAUGCUAUCUGGUGUCAGCCCGAUGCAGACUGAGGCGCGCUGUGCCCAGACCCACAGGAAGCCAGGCAUCUCUGCAGCCUGUGUUCCUGCCAGCUCCCCCCACGCGCUCAAAUUCGGCACGGAAGAAGUUAUGGUGCCCAGCCUCUGUGUGCAAGACAGGGAGACCACGCAUCCACACUCCGAAAAUCAUCCGAGUGGCCGGGACGUCAAAGCGGCAGAGCCAUCAGAAUGCCCUGGAGCGGGGCAUGGAGGGGCUACAUUGUUUGAGCCCUCGGAUUCUGCUGCUUUGUCACGGCCCGGGAACGUAGGGGUAGGAGGAAGCGCACCUCCAGCCAAAAAUGGACCCGACGCGUUUUUCCCAGCGGCUCCCUCCCUGCCUGUCUGCAGGUCGCAAUACGCAGUCAAGUCUUCUGGUCAGAUGAGCUCAAAGCUGCCCACUUUUCAAAUCUCAGCUAACGAUCCACGCAGAAAGCUGGACAUGCAUUUCUCCAGGAGAUUUUACACUUGGAUUAGCAUCAACUCCUAUAUGAAGAAAACCCUCCGAGAAUAGACUUGGACAGGCUGCGGCAGUAAACAGCAACAGCAACCAACUGUGUGCUAUUUCCAACCAGAGACUUGAAAGAAAACAAAAACUCUUGCAUAAACCAGCAUCCACGGUUUCUAAAUUAGCACAAUAUCACUGAACCACAAUAAAGGAUAAUUCUUUACCUCAA